CUUUUGCCAAGGUGGUGCGAGCUGGAAAUCAAAGCCCAAAACACUCUUUUGUUUAUACCCAUUUCUUCCGAACCGCGAAGAAAGCAAAAAAUCGAAAAGCAGAACCACAACACAACACACACACUCACACAUAUAAAUACAAAUCUAAAAGGCCGCAGACGAAAACGAACACAUAAAAAAAAAAAAAAGCACAAUACUAAUAGUUGUAGUAAUAGAAAGAGAGAUAGAUAAUAAUAUACUCCAUUUCCAUAUAUCACAUAACAAAACAAAAAAAAACGUACAAACCCAACCCCUCCUCUUCUCCGUCCCUCCCCAUCGAAACGCAAAAACCCUAAAACAAUUUGAAUAUGAGGAAAUGAGAGGAGCAUGGGUAGGGAGCACGGAACGAGCGUUCAACCUUGGGGCACGUUAGAGGACCUCCUGUUAGCGUGCGCCGUUAUCCGUCACGGCACAGCCAGCUGGGACUCCAUCGCCAUGGAACUUCAGAACCGGAGCUCCUCCUCCUCCUCCUCCGCCGCUACAGCCGCCACCGCCACCGCCAUGCUCGGUAUCACUCCUCUGUACUGUAAGGACAAGUUCGACGACCUUAAACGACGGUUCAUGGCUCGAAACGACGACGAAUCGGGUCGCAUCGCGGAGGAGCUGCGUCGGAUUCGGGUCGAGGAGCUUAAGCGCGAGGUCCGACGACGCGACGACUCGAUCGUGUCGUUGGAGUUGAAGCUUAAGAGGUUGAAGGAGGAGAGAGACCGGAGUUUGAAAGAGGAGGCGGAGAACGUCGAUCUGAAGAAAGAUCUCGAAGGUGACGCCGGAGAAACAACUCCGUUGCCAGAGAAUCUCGCCGUGUCCGGCGAUAUGUCCGACGAUAAAGAGAAUCGCUCGUUCAACGAGUCAAAUUCGACGACUCAAAAAGGCGAGGGUCAAGCCCGAAACGACGCCGCAAAAGUCCAAAUUAGACCCGAACCGGAGAGAAACGAACCGGAUCCGGGUCGAACCGAGUCGAGCCCGGUCUUGAACGGUAAGGUGGACGCAAAUGAAAAUGAAAUACAAGACGACGAUGACGACGCAGGUGAGAAGAGAAAACUUGUAGGAGGGAUUAUGAUUAAGCCGAGUCGGGCGGGUCGACUCAGCGAGUCGAACGAGGGAUUGGAAUCGGUCGGUGAGUCGAAGCGGGAAAAGGAAACGGCUUCUAAGCAAAGCAGUGACGUACAAAGCUCAGCGAGCUUGUCAAGAAAGAAACGGCGUCGUAAGGUCAGUUCAAGUGGUGGUGGAAGUAGCAGCGGCGAGGAGCCCGAGGUUGAUGAGGUGUCUCCCGCCACAAAACGUGUCUCAGCCGUCAAAUCUGAGCCCUUGAUCAAGCUCCUUGGAAUCAUUCGGUCGCAUCGGCUCGGCUCGGUUUUCGAGCGCCGGCUUCGGAGCCAGGAAUCCGAAAGGUACAAAAACUUGAUUCGGCAACACAUGGAUCUCGGAACGGUUCAAUCCAGGCUUGACAGAGGUGUGUACGCGGAUAACAUACACAAGUUCUUUCGUGAUCUCCUGCUCAUAUUCAACAAUGGUGUCAUGUUUUUCCGUAAAAGUUCGCCCCAGCACGUUGCAGCCCAAGAUCUCCGAGCUCUAGUACGCAGGGAGCUGAGAAAUAAGCUCCGAAAACCCCAACCCCAACCCCGGAAGACAGUGAAACUUGAACCCAAACAUGAACCGGACUCACUUUCGAAACCCAAUAAUAAGCCCUCUACCGCUACCUUGGUGGCAUGCGGGAAACGCAGUUCUAUGAAAGUACUAACCGAAGGUGCUAGUAGAAAAGAAGAUAAAAGAGAGAAAGUGGUGGUUGGGGAGAAACCAAAUGUUGUUAUUAAUCAGAAGAAGAAUGAAGGUACUUUUAUUAAGGUUAGUGGGGAGGAGAAGCAGGGUAUAAGGAGGAAAAGGACUAGAGAAAGACAGGGUCGGAGAAGCAGGAGAACAAACAAUAAUAAAGGUGGUGGUGAAAUAAAACAUGAAUUCGGUGGGAAUGUGCUCAGCUCUCAUGACGCUUUGGAGUUGAUUAAGUUAGAGAAGAAGAAGGAAAGCGCGGUGAAGAAGAAGAAGCAAGGCGCGGCGAGCUUCUUGAAAAGAAUGAAGCAGAAUUCGCCAAGUGAUCAAGUGACGGAGGAUACUGAUGAUGUUUCCGAAGAUGAUAGCAUUGAGAGUAAAGGUGAGAAGGAGGAGGAGGAGGAGGAGAAGAAGAGGAGGGGUAGGAAGAAUGAAGGGAGGGGGGAGAGGGUUACGCGGAGUUCUACAGGUGGGAGAGGGACGAAAGAGGAGAAUGCAAAGGCGAAAAGAGGGGUUGGGAGGCCGCCAAAGAGGCCGGAGACAGUGACCGUGGCGGCAGCUUCGGGGAAGAGGGGGAGAGAUAAUAGUGAGUCGGAGGUGGUGGGAAGUGCAAGCAGCAGGUCAAGGAAACGUCCAAGAAGAUGAUGGUGGUUGUUGUAUAAUGUACAUUACAUAGUGCAUGUGUGUUAAUUGGCCUUUUGUUUUGUUGCCAAAGUUGUGUUUUUAUAGCAUACCCGAAAGAAAGGGAAAGAGUCAACAGAGAGAUAGGGAGAGAGAGAGAGAGAGAUUGUGAACUUGUAGAAUGUUUGUGGCAGCCAUUGCAUAUACACAGGCACGUAGAGGUGGUAGCAA